CCUCGUAAUUUAGAAGGAACGCUCUCCUCUUCCUAAGAGAUUCUAAAUAUGUGCUACGAUUUUUUACAUGACAAGAUUCUUCAGGGAAAUGACUGUUUAAUGAUACGGGCAUGUUUUCCUCCGCGAGGAAGAGGGAGAGGUGGAGGCGACUGGUCAUGUGGAGGGGGAGGGAUGAGGAGGCGAUCUGCUGUAGCGAGGCAGGGAGGGAGGGAGGGAUGGGCGACGGUGACGGUCACUGAAGCGCGGCUGAGGACGAUGCAAAGGGUGAGGAGGAGGCAGGGAGGGCGGUAAGGAGGGGCGAGGGACGCAAAGAGGAUGAGGAAAGGGUGGUUCACUACACUAGACUGAAGCAAAAACCUUGUGUGAUCAUCUCCGGUGUGAGUCAGCCAAGGUGACCCGCCCCUCAGCCAGCGUGCGGGCGGCGAGGACCACCAGUGGGUCUUUCUCACCAUCUCACACUCACAGCCACUGAUAAAACUCCAUCAGUCGUCAUAUCCCAUACAAUAAAGUAACGACAAUGACUGUUGGUGUUAAUGUUCUACAGGACUGUAACGUCACAGUCAUCCAGAUACCACUCAGUCUGAUCCAGGCCACCAGACCAUCAUGCAAGACUGCUGAGUUUGUUCCCUUGCGUCUGGCCAGUUAUACUGCUGCACCCUUAGCGUUAAUGUUGAUGGUGAUGAAUGAUGAUAGCAAGCUUCUUUCUGUCAACAUUACUCACACAGGCAUACACACGCUUCACCGCAUUUCUUUUCUGUAUGACUACAUUGGCCAAUCAAACAGCCUCUGUUCUGUCGGCAAUGACGCAAUACCUUCUCACCGAACUUAAAUAAACCCAAAAGUCAUCAAUGUUCCAAUACUGCUCAUUGUUGUCUAGCUUUUCCUCGAAGUGUGGAUUCACCAACACCUUCACCAGAGUAAUUUCCUGUGGUUCGGCAGAUUGCCAGGCAGCAGGUAAUGACAGAGUGACUGAUGGCUCGUGCUUUACUCGCCUGCUGCUGCCUCCCUCGACUGCAGGAUCUAAAUUAUUUAUAUUAAGGUGUUCUCUGAAUAAGAUGGAGAAACACAGUAUACAUAUUCUUCAACAUUGUAUCAGCUGAUAUCGCUGACGGCAUGAUGUCAUAGUAACCAUAGUAAGUUUGGAAGCGUCUUGCGUAGUAUUGUAACUUUCUGGUAACAUUGAAAACCAAAAUUAUCAUGAUGGUCAUCACUUUCCAAAACACACAAUCAUUCACUGCUAAUGUUUUACUGUAACGCCACCAAUAACUUGACAACAGGUACAGUACUUAAAGGAUGACGCUUUUCUGCUAAGUCUACUGAAAUUAAAGGGGCUAUUAUUGUACAGGCUCUAAGAAAGUUUCAAAACCAAAUAGAAAUAAUAUAGCAUAUUAAUGGCGUGUAAGGUCACAACGCUACAAGCGCUAGCAUACAGUAGGUCGCAAGGGAUGCCAUGGAGGCCUGCCGUGACCAGCCAUACAAGUGUCUCAGUUGCCGCACGUCAUCAGUGCGCUUCAGGCUCGCUAGUUGGAGGAGCAAAACUUACGACCUGCACCUCACUCAGCGCCUCGGUACCAUUCUGCUUAAACCAUAAGCCACAAUCAAGUGUGCUGCUGAGAGACAGUCGACGGUCUUGCCCACUCAGGCUAUGAGGGCGUGCGUGUGGCCAGGCGUGCUAGCAAGGCACUCCCACUGACCGUACUGUCACGUCACUCUCAUAAGCUUGCAGUUGUUAAGAAAAAUUAUACAAAAACAAAAUACGAAAUUUUCAGAAUAAUUUGCAAAUGCAGAUACGCUUGUAGGUUAGAAUAAGUAACGAGGAAUAUAUGAGUAAAGGUAACGUAAUUAUUUCGAACGUUUGAGAAAGUUGAUAAACAUCGCUUCCAAUUACAUGUCGAGAAAAACUUAACUUUACAUUAAGGGCCUUGGGUUGACACUCUAAACUUCAUGGACCGUGGCGUCCCAAGAACGGGCAUAACUGUCUGUCUGUCAGGCAUCGGCGGGCAGCUGGGAGAGGCCAGCCUGCUCACUCACCCACCCGCAUGCUGCCUCGCUGCCUCUCCACCCAGCCGUUGCCUUGGGGCCUUGGCGUUUUCUUCACUUACUUACCCAGCAACUGUUCCAAGGGCGUAAAUUUCUGCUUCUAUCAUCGUCUUCUUCACAACGGUCUUCGAUCCGGGGAAAUUUUUAAAAUCUGGACCUUCCUGUUGACCUGCCGGUGUGGUGGCGGUGUGGCGGGGCGGCGCUCACUGGGCGCCAGGCUGUGCCACCGCCAACAUGUCCCCUGCCCUGCUACUGUUGCUGUUGCUGCGCCCAUCUUUGUCACCUGGGUGGUGCUCCUUGCUGGUAGUCGGUCUGGCCUGCACCACAGCUCUCUCCGACCAGAGGCAGCCACCAUUAAUACAACGUGACAUCUCAGACGCAACAAGACACCGUGACCACCCGCACUGGACACCAGGAACUUUAUCACUAAAGAAGGAAGAAACAGAAGAGAUAGAAUAUGAAACUGGAAGAGGGAAAAGAAUACAAACUGAAUUGCAAAUGGAAGCAAAGAAGAAUGAGAUAGACAGGCGUAGCGAGAGGCGAGCAUCCUUGUUUCCAAUACUGAGAAGAGCCCCGCUGAUGGUCCAAAUCCCCGCACUCCUGCAACUCGGCAUCUCCCUGGGUGCACUCGGUGUGAGUUUCAUUCAAGUCUCGAAACGUUUGUUCAACUUUAAAGAUGACAGAUACCAGAAGGAAACAAAUGUUACAGCCACGAAGACUUUCCACGCCACGCCCAGGCCGAGGUACUGAUGGUGCAACACUGAAUUACGAGUACAUACUCAUACGUUUCUGUGCCUCAUGAUGGUCUUUUUAACAGACGCUACUAGAGUUUACUGAGGGUUUAUAAGGGGGUUUCAUAGUUAUAGAAACAAUUUAACAAGGAUUUUGAGUCAUCAGUAGAAAAAAAGCACAACACAUCACUCAAUCUCGAGAACCUUUGAAAAUUCCUAGUCAAAAUCAGAAGCGUUUUAGGAAAGCAAACCGUUAUUUACAGUGGAGAAUUGAUACUCUUGAAUUACUUAUGUUAUGUAUGUAUUUAAAACUGAAAUAAAAGGUAAUUCAAUCA